AUGGCGACAGCCGUGCGAGCCGAGGCGGCGCAUUUCGACCCGUACCUCGUUGCGGAGUUCGAUCCUUAUGGAGGUGGCACCGACGAGGCUCCCGAGGAGGAGGAUGGCUGCAUUGAGAUCCCUGACGAGGACGAGGAGUGUGAAGAUGAGCUCGGUCAAGCAGAGGCUGAUGAUUCAGAUGCUGUAAAACGUUUCAAUGUAUGA